CCACACAAGUAAACGCCAGCGUUGCAUUUUCUUUACCGUCAUCUUCACUUUGACGCUUCUUCUGUCACUGCUUUCCUGCAUUUUUGAAAUUCCAUUUUCCCUCGUUUUCUAGGCUACCAAACAGAGCUACAAGAAAACCAUUUCUGUCUUACUCUUUUAAAUUUUCAUCAACUUUGUUAUAUUAUCUUCAUCAUUUAAUCCGUGAAUUAUCAGAUGGAGCCUUUAUAUGCAAAGCUUUACGACAAAUAUGACAAGCUUAAGAAGAGAAAACUUUCCGAAAUGGAUGACAUAAAUCGAGAUCAAGAAGAGAAAUUUGUGAAUUAUGUGCGUGGUAGGUAGUGAGAUGGUGGUACAGUGUGAUGAAAAGCUAUGAAAAUAGAAACAGGAUGUACUGACCUAUGUUACUUGGAUUUGCAAGUGACUGUUCAUCAUGCUGCAGAGGAAUUGAUUCAGCAUCUGAAGAGUGAAAAUGACAAGCUGUAUGCAGAAGUUAAUGAAUUGAAAAGUGAAGUGGCCUCUAAAAUGUCCAGCAUGGAUAAACAGUGUGCAGACUACCAAAAGCUUUUGAUUGAAGAGAAUCAGAAGUAUAAAGCACUUUCUCUAGAAGUUAGCAGGCUGCAAAAUCUGCACCAUGAGGGACAAAAUAAAGAUGGCAAACUAGAUAUUAUACCAACAGUUUCUGCUAGAAUUGCACAAGUUUCAUCUGAAAAGGUUUCUGGAAGGUCCAUUGGAAUGAUGACGAGUAAGUGUAGCAGGGAAUCUGCUGCUGAGACAAAUGACAAUAUUAUUACUUCUGUUUCAACUAACUGCAAUGUUGCCAUGACUAAUGCAUUGGCAGAAGACUUGUCUGAGAAAGCUUUGUCUCGUGAGGAUCUUACACAUUUUCAGCUGCCAGAAUGCUGUAAAGGCAGUCCAGAUGCAAGUGCCACAGUCACUGCUAGAGCUACUUGUCUUUUUCAAGCUCUUACUGAGUGCUUACUGGACAUGAAAAUAUCCACUAAUAAUCAAACUGGCGGACUAUGCAUUUCAGCUCUGCAUCAACCAAGUGGUUACUCAUUCAGUCUAACAUGGAUAAACAAAGCUGGCGGAGAAGAAGCAGAGUUGGUGUACAGGGUAUUGUCAUUAGGGACAUUUGAGAGAGUGGCGCCGGAGUGGAUGAGGGAUGUGAUUAAGUUCAGCACUGGCAUGUGCCCUCUUUUCUUCCAGAGGGUAGCUCAUGUAAUCAAGUUGCACUGCUAAGCGUUUGUCUUUUCACUUUUGUUGCCUUUGUAAAUUGAAACUGUUAAUGGAUGGAGGGUUGGUUGGUAGGUAGAUAAACUAACUAAACUGCCUUCUCUCUGUUUCGUUGUGAGCGCAGAUAUGAAAUAGAGUUUGUAUAAACAGUGGUGAUAACAUGUGGGUUAUCAAAUCAUUACUGACUAAUCAUUUGCUAAGUAAACAGACAGUAACUUUUUGUAUGUUAUGCUUGUUUGUCUUGUCAAUAGUAAAUGACGUUUUGUAUUUUAUA